CAAUUGCGUCAAACAUGGAUUCCGAAAAUAUUAACAAUGAUACGGAAAUUGAUAAUCAGGCCGAUGUUAUGCGUAUUAUGAUUUCCACCGAUAAUCAUUUGGGUUAUGGCGAAAAAGACGCCAUCCGAGGUGAAGAUAGUUUCACAGCGUUUGAGGAAAUGCUGGAAUUGGCCGUGAGGGAAGAUGUAGAUUUCAUACUUCUUGGCGGUGAUUUAUUCCACGAUGCUGUGCCGACGCAAAAUGCAUUGCACAAGUGCAUGAAACUCUUGAGGAUGUAUACCUUUGGUGAUCGGCCCAUAUCGGUGGAGUUUUUAAGCGACGGCAGCCAGAAUUUCCACAACGCUGUUAAUGAAAGUGUCAAUUAUGAGGAUCCCAAUUUGAACAUAUCUAUACCUGUGUAUUCAAUACAUGGAAACCAUGAUGAUCCCAGUGUUUUCGGUGGUCUGAGUACACUGGAUUUAUUGUCCACCACUGGUUUGGUGAAUUAUUUUGGCCGCUGGACGGAUUUAAAUAAAAUUGACAUUUCACCAAUUAUAUUGAAGAAGGGAGAAACAAAAUUGGCCCUGUACGGGCUUAGCCACAUUCAUGACAAUCGCCUUGCACGACUUUUUGAAAGUCGUAAAGUGCAUAUGCAGGUGCCCGAAGGAGAAGAGGGAGAAUGGUUCCAUUUAAUGGUACUGCAUCAGAACCGAGCUGAUCGGGGUCCUAAAAAUUACCUGCCUGAAGAGUCGUUGCCGGACUUUUUGCAUUUGGUUAUAUGGGGCCAUGAGCAUGAUUGUCGCAUAGAACCAGAGCUUAAUGCUAAACGGGAUUUCUAUGUGAGUCAGCCAGGUUCGACAGUACCUACCUCGUUGUCGGAAGGAGAAGCGUUACGCAAGCAUGUAGCAGUUUUGGAAAUCUAUAAAGAUAAGUUUAAAAUGAGACCGAUUCCGCUACAAACGGUGCGACCAUUUGUGUUCGAAUCGGUCAAUGUAGCAGAUUUGGCACAGGAAUUGCGUUUAGACGAAGGUGAUGUUUCGAAUAAAGUUCGUGCAAUGGCUGAAGAACGAGUUGAAGCAAUGUUGGAAAGAGCAAAGGAUCUGUUAACAGGUCAUCCACGACAGCCUACCAUACCGACAAUACGAUUGAGAAUUUGUUUUACCGAUGAGGAACAAAUGUUUAAUGGUAUUCGUCUGGGUCAAACAUUUAAUGAUCGCGUAGCCAAUCCUGCCGAUAUGAUUCAUUUCAAGAAAAUGAUUAAAAAGGAAAAGAAGGAGCGAUCAAAUCUUGAUAAGGAGGAGAUGAAAAAUCAGUACAAGAAACUUGAAGGAGAAUCUGCUGCUCGGGUUGAGGAUCUAGUGGAACGCUACUUCAAUGAAGUCGAUGAAAGCAAAUCACUUAAAAUUAUUUCCACGAAAGCACUGACAGAAUUGUGUAAUCAACUUGUGGAUCGUAGGGACAAUAAUGCCGCUGACAACUUAAUAAGAUCAUACAAAGCUAAGGCUGUAGAUUAUUUAAUGGAAAAAAUGCCUUUAGAAGAUCAACUAGAUACUGAACUUCAAGAUUUCAAAUUAAGUAUAACAUCAGAUGAUGUUUUGCAUAUGUUAGAAACCGUAGCGCCCAAUCCCAUUACUAAAACAUCUAGUUCGUCAGUUGGCAGAAAUGCAACAACGGCCAAUUAUCAUGAAGUCAGCGAUGACAAUGACAGCGACGAAACUCCUUUAAAAACAACACGUUCAACGAAAACCGUCAAAGAGGAGGUAUCGACAACAAGAGGCCGUGGC